CUCACUGUCCACUUUGGAUGUUGGCGAGGCGUUACACGCGUUGUCGUCAGUUGCUUUCAAGUUGAUCUUGUAGUCGCUUGCGGAGUCUCACGGAAAAAAAGAGGUGUCUGUGUCUCUGAGGUGUUGUGAAGAAGAAGUAAAAAGUACUCACAAUUCCUAUUUGGUGUGUUGGAAUAGCAGGGAGUGUGUCUGAUUUCAUGUGGAUGAGGUUGAAAAUUUAUACAAGACAUGCCAUUAAAAUUGCCCAACAACCCAUAUUCGUGAAUGUGCUUUUCGUGUUAGUGCGAAGAGUCAAUUGAAGUGGGUGCAUUAAGCAGCAUUUGCGAUAAACAGUGUGUAUAAAAAAAGUGUAUGUGAAAGGAAAAUGCAGAAAAUGCUAGUAUCGGUUUGUUUUCUUCUAUCAACAUUGGUGCACUUGGGAGUAACAUCAUCCACGCUAAAAGGCACAGAACCAACGAUAUCAGAAUGUGCUGCAAAAGGAGGUGAAUGCAAUGAGAGCCGAGGAAGGCCUGUUUGUGGAACAGAUAAUCAAACCUAUCCCACUCGAUGUCAUCUCCUCAGAGCACAAUGCAGUGGCCAUCAAGUCAGUCUGAAACAUCGUGGGAAAUGCAAAAAUGAAUGUGCUGCAUCACGAAACUAUGCCCUAGCCCAUAGAUCAGCUAUGAAGUUCGUUCCUAGGUGUCGAGCAGAUGGUACCUAUGCCGCUGUUCAAUGUCUGGAGGAUGACUGUUGGUGUGUUACGCCUCAGGGUAAACCUAUCCGGAAUACAACGGUUAAGGGUGUUAAGCCGAUAUGUACGAGACCAGCGAAGGUUAAUACAAGACGAUCACCUGAUGUACACUUACGUAUGAAGAAGCCCUGCUCAAAGAUGGACAAAGUCCAGUUUAACGCAAACCUUGUGAAAAUGUUUCACAAUGAAUUUGUCCGUUAUAACAAAACAAGUGGUGUAUCUGACAAUAGGGUGUUAGACUGGAAAUUCACCACAUUGGACCGCAAUUUCAAUUCUAUUUUAGACAAGAAUGAGUUCCGUGAACUCAAAAAGUUGGUGAAAAAAAUUGUCAAGCCCAAACGGUGUGCUCGAGCUUUUGGCAAAUUCUGUGAUGAGGAUCUCGAUGAGAAACUUUCCAAGAGUGAAUGGAGCAAUUGCUUCACGAAGGAUACAUCGAACUUUUCCCUUGUUUUAUUCACCAUGCUGACACCGGCAUCAGCUGCCAGUGGCCACGCUGGCCCAACAAUAGUAGACGCCCAGGAAGGUUCACUGGAAGUCGAUGAGGAUGAUGACUAUUACGAGGAUGAGUUUCCCGGGUCAAUGAAUGCCCUAAUUGGUGGUGUCACCGACAGGCGCUUGUUCCCCAUGAACAAGAAGCCCGGCUUCUUGCUUCAAGGUAAGACGACUCUACAAUUAUCCGGAGAUGGUGAUGCUCUCGGAAGAGAUGGAGCUGAUGGAGAAUCCGAUUGUUUGGCUGACAGAGCUGCUGCCUUGGACGAACAGAAGUCUGGAACUACAGCGCUUUACGUACCAGAGUGUACUCCAGAUGGUAGAUAUCAACGAGUCCAGUGCUACAGAUCAACUGGAUACUGUUGGUGUGUCCAUGAAGAUACUGGAAAAAAUAUCCCAGGAACCUCUACAAAGGACAAGAAACCCCAAUGUGAUGCUAUUUACUCACCAACUAGGCCCAUGAAGGGAUGUCCUGAGGGCAAGAAAUUAGAUUUUCUCAGAGAACUCAAAUUAUACCUGAAGGAUCAGUUGAUAAUAACUGCAAAUAGUGCCACAAAUAACACAAAAUGGAACAAUGAAGAUGAGAAACUUGCCACUCUCAGCUUCGUUAUACUGGAUAAGAACAAGAACAAAGUUUGGGAACGAAGAGAAUGGAAGACAUUUAGGGAACUGGUUAUGCCUAUCAAAGCUCUCCGAAAAUGUGGCAAGAAGCUUCCACGGUAUUGUGACGUUAACAAUGAUCGUGAAAUCACACUAUCCGAGUGGCUGAACUGCCUACAAACUACAAGGACGUCGGUCAGCUUGGGCAGAAGUAUUACAAAUGACUCAAAACCACUGCAAUCAAAGUUUCGAGGUCCAAAUCCACUAGAAUCCUAUCUAAAAAGUGACUAAACUCCCACUUUGCAUCUUCCUGCUGCACUAUUUAUAAAUUCUCAGUGCCAUUUUUUAUACAUAAUUAUAAAGUACCAGUGAUUGUAAUUGCGAUUUGUAUACAUAUAUUAUAAAACCUGCAUACUCUUCCAUAAUCUCAUAAAACAAAAGUUGUCAGGUAAAAAAGAAGAAAUUAUUGUGUGCCAAUAAUUAUUUUUUUUAUUUAUUUAUAAGUCCCUAAAAUACAUUUCACUUGUUUUUGUCAUAAAAUUGCAAAAAUUAGAAUCACGUUCUGUUUUUUUUUUAAUGUUUUCACACUUUUCUUCUUAUUAUUUUUCUAUUAUAAAAGAUGGUUCAUACUUCAGGAAGAAGAACAAGUGUGUGUGAUAAAAGUGAUAAAGUAUUAUCAAUUUUUAUAAGUAUGUAUUUUAAAGAAAAUCAAAUUAUUUGAUUGCAAUCGACAAUCAAUGUAUAAUUAAAAAUAUGGAUAAAUUCUUCUAUUUUGGGAUAUAUAUAUAUCUUAUAUAUCUUUUUCAUUCUUUGUUUAUUAUAAAGGAAAGUAACAUUUUUUUUUUAAAAAUCUUCUCAACAUACAUUAGCGAAGAAAAGAUUAUAUAUUUUGUGUAAUUAUGAAAAUUAUUGUGUUUUAGUACUUUCUUCACGAUGUUCCUCAAUACAAAAUUGUCUGUACUAAGUUUGAAGUAAAGAAACUUAUUUAGUAUGGUCCCGUACAAUAACAUUUACCAAUUGUCUGCAAUAAGCUCUUGGCAGUGUCCUAGAAGCUACAAACAACUUUUAUGAGACUUCCUAAAUGGUUUAAAGAUGGACAUUAAAUGGUGAAAUAUUUUGCGGUAUAAAAUAAAUUUCUUUCACAGCAAAA